UACCCCUUUCGAGCAUCAGGGGUGACGUCACUCAGGAUCUGUCUCUGAUUGGUCGGCGGGGGAGUGACUGUACCUUCUAUAGAUGGCCUUGCAUUGGCCUCUGUGGCGCGACCGCUUCAGACGAUAUCGCCAGGCGUCAAAGCUAAAUCUCGAUGAGGAGGAAACCCAGAACCUGUCCACCGAGUACGGUUUCCGGCAUCGGAUAACCGACCCUCACACGCCGUCUUCGAACGGCGCCGCUGAGCGCGCCGUAAGGACGGCUAAGUGGCUCCUCCGCCAGCGGGACCCGCAUCUGGCGCUGCUCAACUACCGCGCUACGCCGGUGGAGGCGACAGGCCAGUCGCCUGCUCGUCUGCUCUUUGGACGCGAGAUCCAGACUCGGCUUCCGCGUCCGCGGGUCGUCGAGUGUCAGGACUCUACACUCGACGCCGCGAGGAGGAGAGAUGGCGAGAGGAAGGAGCUUCAACGAAGGAGCUUCAACAAGCAUCACGGAGCUCGCGACUUGCCGCCGUUGCGGCCUGGGGAUGUAGUGCGGGUGCGAACAAGGAUCGACCCGGACUGGCGUGAGCGAGUGACAGUGCGUGAGCGGAUCGGGCGACGAAGUUAUGUGGUAGAUAACAAUCGUCAUACAGUGAGGCGCAAUCGAGGCGCCCUGCGCCUGUCACCGGGGAUCGAGCCUCCCACGGGCUCGUCGGACCUCCCGGUGCCCUUGUCGGUGCGGCCGUCGCCGGGCGUGCCGGAAUCUGUGCGGCCGUCGCCGGGCGUGCCUGUUGGUGUUUCAGUGCGGCCGAGCCCGACUGUCUCGAUGCCGCGGCCGGCUAUCUCUCCGCCGGGUCAGACGCCGGAGCCCUGUCCUUCCGCAGCGGCGAGUCCGGCAGGACCCGCAGCGGCU